AUGGCAGCUGGCAUCACCACCACGCUGGGCUUACCCGACCUCGCCAUGCCGGUCCUCGCCAACAUUACUAAGCCAAGUCUCGCCAACGUCAGCUCUCCGGUUCUUGCUACCAUCGUCCGCGACACCUACCGCGCUGCCUUCAAAGCCCGCGUCGCGGCCGGCGAAGCGAGGCCGUUCGUGCUGCCGUACGCCAUCUUUGCAACUUUUAUCGUACCCAUUCUAUACAUGUCCAUCCCGCACACGAAGAGGCCAUGGCUCUACCACGCGAGAUGGCUUGUCCUUGGUUAUAUCAUCAUGUUCAACCUCGACAUCUUGAAGGACACCUCUAGCACGAACAUGUCUAUGUCAUAUACUGCCGGUCUAUCGGCAUUUUGGGGAAUCAUGUCCAACGUCACCAUGCUGGUGUUCACGGCUCCGCAGUUUGAUUACGAAAGAGUCGUUCGCAGAAAGGCCACGAAGCCAACGUCGUCAUCGAAAUCCUCCGAGCCUUCUAGCAGAUCGAGCUCGCCCGCAGACCGCUCCGCCUCGCCGAACGUGCCGGGCCUCAGAAGGCGAGUUGGCAGCAAAAAGCGAAGAGCUGGCCGGGUAACAGCACCAGAGGUCAACCUCGACGAGUACGAAUAUUACUGGCAGGCUUAUCCUGAGAAUGGCACUUUCCUUGAGAGACUCGGCUGGGUAAUUGACCUCUACACCAACUUCAGGGGAGUCGGUUGGUCUUGGGCUGUCCCGUCGGUUCCCAGUCCGGCUCCACCUGAACGCCCAGGCACGGGCGAGAUGGUCAAGAUGGACACCAUCCCGUUAGAGACAUUCGCUGGAUGCCAGACCUACAAAGACGAGAACGAAUUCUUGCGAAGAAAGCUUAUCCCCAUUGGGUUUGCAUACCUCCUACUGGACAUAUUCAAAGUCACCAUCAUAGAGGAUCCCUACUUUGUCCUCGGCCAUAGUUCAUUGCCUCUCCCUCCUCACCUAGCGGCUCUCCCAUCCUGGGUUCUUCCCGUGUACCGACAUGCUGCCGUCAUUGGCGCCAUCUACUCUGCUCUGGUCAUGGUCUUCGGCGUUCAUGACCUUUUCCAGUACUACGCUCUCAGCAAGUUCUUCCCCAUGCGGGGUGAGUUGUGGCAGUAUUCGACAGUAUUCGGCUCCUUUACCCAAAUUCUGGACAGGGGCUUGGCUGGCUUUUGGGGUGCUUGGUGGCAUCAGACCUUCCGGCACGCCUUCUCCGCACCGGUCAACUUUGCCGUGAAGCAUGGCUAUUUGGAAAAGAGGGCGCGGAGCACGAAGAUGAUUGGCAUGCUGAUUGCCUUCCUUCUGUCGGGCCUGCUCCACGGCGCCGGAAGUGUCAGCUCGAUCCCCGAGACGAAGUGGUGGAAGCCUGCCCUCUUCUUCUGGCUGUCAGGCGUAGGCGUGUUGAUCCAGCAGUUGUUCUGCACCGCCCUGAAGCCCCAGAUUUCGAGGCUACCUCGAGUCUUGAGGAGGCUUGGAAACCUUCUUUUCGUGGUCGCGUGGCUGCAUCUUACCGUCCGGUCGCUGGCGGACGACUUUGCGCAGACCGGUCUUUGGCUCAUGGAGCCUGUUCCUCUCUCUGUUGUUAGAGCGUUGGGAUUCGGACGUGGUGAGGUCUCUUGGUGGAAGCCCGACAUGGAAGCGAUCGGUCACUGGCAUACUGGACAGCACUGGUGGGAUUCUGGAUUCAGCUAUUAG